AUGCCUCACUCAACUCUAACCCGUCCCAAAUCAUUUCAUGCCAUCGUUCUUGAUCUGAAUGGCGUCCUUCUUUCGUAUGGGGGCUCAUUCCCCUCAAGCGUCUUGAAACCCAGCCAGAUCAAGAACGUGCUCGACUCGCCAACAUGGUAUGACUAUGAGUGCGGGAAAAUCUCAUCUCGUCAGGAAUGCUACCAAAGAGUCUCUUCGGAGUUUGAGAUGGACGUUGAUGUCUUCUCAGAUACUCUUGAACAGCUCACCAAAACAGUCAAGCCGCAUUCUGAAUUCAUAGCCGCCAUCAAGAAUAUCAAAGCAGCCUUUCCAGAAAUCAAGGUCUAUGGAAUGAGCAACAUUUCGCAGCCAGACUAUGAGUUUUUGAAGCCAAUGAUCUCCUCUUGGGGUAUUCUAGAUGGAUUUCAGGCAAGUGGGCAGGCUGGAGUGAGAAAGCCGGACAAUGCCUCGUAUAUAACGUUUCUCCAGAAAUUCGAGCUUGAUUCCGCCAGAUGCGUGUUCAUCGACGAUAGCGUUGAGAAUACCGUUGCAGCUUCAGCAUUAGGAUUCAAAGGAGUGAAAUAUAGCAACCCAAUAGAGGUUGAAAGGACGCUGUGGAAUUUGCUGGGGUCUCCCGUGGAUCGCGGCAUGGAGUAUAUGGAGAGAAACGCAAAGAAGAUGAUGUUGGAACUAAGCACCGGAGGAGAACAGCCUGAUAACUUUAGCCAGUUUAUAAUCUUGGAGCUGACACAGGAUGAGCGCUUGAUCAAGCUGGAAAGAAAGCGAGGGCCGACCUGGAACUAUUUCCACCACAGCAACACGUUCAACGGCACUACUUACAGCGAUGACUGCGAUACCACCUCGUACGCCAUGUGCACACUGGACGAUAUCCCUGCUCAUGAGAAAGAGGCAGCAAUGGAUAUCAUUCUCAAUAAUCUCAGUCCAGACAACCUACCAUUAUGUUGGUUCAACAAGAACCGCCCUCGCCUCUGCCACGGCAUUAUUGCCAAUGCCUUUCGUUUCUUUGCUCUUUCAGGCCAAGGUCACAAAUUAGCACAUACUUAUCUCUUUCUCUGCCGCCUGCUCCGGACCAAGGCCUAUGAACUCGGAAGCCGUUACUAUGAAAACAUUGACUACAUGCCUUACAUCCUUAGCAAUCUGUGCUCGCGGCGGCCUACGGACCCGUCAUUGGCGGAGAUGCGGGAGCUAUUGAAGAAAGAAAUCCAGGACCGGUCAGGGUGUGAUAGUGACGUCCUGGGAGCGGCACUGAGGACUUUGAGUGCUCAGGCCAUGGGAGUGCCGUACGCGAAGAGAGAUGUGCAAGUGCUGCUGGAGAGCCAGCAACUGGAUGGCGGUUGGAAUAGAGUGUGGCUUUUCAAAUAUGGGAAAGAGGAUAUCAAGGUCGGUUCCAGGGGCGUUAUCACGGCUAUGGCUGUCAAAGCCCUACGACAAUACUACGCAGACGAGGAGUAGUACUAGAGUAUAGACAGACGCCAAGAGUUGGUUCCGCUUUUAGCAUCCGCCUUUACCGAAAAUAGAUGGUACCUGCUAGUUCCACGUUUUAGCAACCACCUUUUCGGUAAAGGUGGGUACAUGUGCUAAAAGCGGGUACAAAUUACAACUCGC